CACAGUCUGUCAUUAUUUCGUCUUUUCAUUUUAGUAUUUGCGGCAUUACUCACAUCAUCACGAUGUGUAAACAGACAAGUAUUGAAUUAUAAUAUGCUGGCAUCGAUCAAUGAUUCGGGUUCUGUUUACUAAUUCCCAGUUCGAUUUUCGUGGUGGGCUUCAAGUUGCCCACUUAUAAGACGAGCAGGUCCUGGAGGUACGAACACUGGACAGCUGAGCACGAUGGCUUAUCACCGCGGUAUACGUACGCCUCGCAUUUAGAUUGACGUCGCUUACUUUCCAGAACUCGAGCAGCAGAACUUCUCGAUGACGAGACUCGAGCGCUUGACCUUCUUCCUGCAAUGGUGUCCGUGCUGCGGCCGGAGCCUACUCGUUUCCCUGCUCAUUUAUGAGAGAUAAGAAGAUGCGUGCCGUGGAUUUUUGCGCACGAAACCCAUUCUCCGCCUCUCGACCAGAUGCAAGUGGAGUAUUCAGCUAACAAUGUUGCAGCGGCAAGGAGUUUGCAGGUCUACACGUAUCUAUAUACGUCAAUGGCUACAUUCUGGAUCUACGAUUAUGCUUGUUCGCUUCAUCAGGAGUGGACGUUCCUGCUUCUGUCACGCUGGUCUAAAGUAAAAGGCCUUUAUAUCAUCGCACGAUACGCGCCUUUUGUCCUCUUAGCCGGGCAUUUAUAUAUGAACUUCAUUCCAAACGAGAACUCCGAUAAAUGCCAGUUGUUGAACAAUAUUUGCUCAUGUUUCAGUCUGAUAUCAGUCUCCUGUUCUGAAUGCUUUUUUGUCCUUAGAACAUGUGCGCUCUGGAACAACAACAGAAUUGUAUUCGUUACCGUGGUCGUUACCUUCCUUGCUGUCGUCGUAUCGUCCAUAGGCUUUGCCUUCGCCACUACUGCCAAUGCACCGUGGACGACCAGCGCGAUCCCGGGCAUCACAGGCUGCUACCAGAGCUCAGCCGUCGUCCAGCUUUUCAUACCAUUUCUUCUCUUGAUUGGGCUUGAAUUUGGUCUCGUGUCCCUUACGCUCAUACGCGCUAUACAGAGCUGGCGGUCAUCCAACAGCCAUGUCUACACCGUCCUGGUGAAGCAUAACAUAUUCUACUAUGCAUGCGGUCUGUUUUUCUCGGGAGUGAAUGUUCUCACGUUGCUGCUCUUCCACUACGGAUACCAAGCCAUGUUCCAAGAUUUCCAAUUCAUCGUCCUCGCGAUCCUCGCUACACGCAUGCACCUCCACCUAUGGCAUACAGACCGAUAUACACAUAGCUCUAACGCCCUCGUGUUUAUUCCUCUGUCCGACAUUUCAUCCGCGGGCAGUCCGAUAUGACAUUCAGUGUCGUUCAAACGUUUAUGGAGUGCUAUUUGAACUGUACGAGUUUCUGUUGUGGGCAGGAGGUGCACCUGGAUAGACUUCAAGUUGAUCAGUGUAACAUUGAUAGAUAUCGAGCUUCCACUGCUGGCGGUGGUAGAUGAAUGUAUGAUUAUCAAGAUUUUGGGUGCACUGGAGUCAGAACUUGAUGCACACCAAACUCGAGCGAUCGAGAGGG